AUGCGUCCCGCCUACAUUAGCCAGGGAGUCAGCUGCUCUGAGCAAACGUCUGUCUUUAAUUUGUACUGUUUGCUCUGCGCAGAUGAUGUUUUGACGAAAGACGAACAGAUAGGCCUGUUGUUCAGAGCCAAACGGAACUGUGAGGGGAACAUCAAGUCAAAGCACAAGAUUCCUGAUGGUUUCUGCUCACCAGAAUGGGAUGGCAUUGUUUGUUGGCCUGAAGGGUCUCCGGGAAAGCUUGUAUCCACUGCCUGUCCAGAGUAUAUCCAUGACUUCAACCAUAAAGGACUAGCAUACCGUAGGUGUGACAACAAUGGAACAUGGGAGCUGGUUACAGCCAACAAGACUUGGGCCAAUUAUAAUGAAUGUGCAAAAUUCCUCUACCAUUACAACCACAGCCAUGAAAAGGAUGUCUUUCACCGCCUGUAUCUCAUCUACACAGUCGGGUACUCAAUCUCUCUGGGAUCCCUCAUGGUGGCUGUCGUCAUCUUGGGAUAUUUCCGACGAUUGCACUGCACCAGGAACUACAUCCACAUGCACCUAUUUGUGUCGUACAUGCUAAGAGCCAUCAGUAUUUUUGUGAAGGAUGUUGUGCUCUACUCCGGAUCGGCCUUAGAGAACAUGGAAAGAGUCACAGUGGAAGACCUCAAGUCCAUCACUGAGGCUCCGCCAUCCAACAAAACACAAUUCAUUGGCUGCAAGGUGGUCGUGACCUUGUUCUUGUACUUUCUGGCGACAAACUACUACUGGAUCCUGGUGGAGGGUCUGUACCUUCACAGCCUCAUCUUCAUGACCUUCUUCUCAGACAGAAAGUAUCUGUGGGGAUUUACUCUGAUUGGAUGGGGAGUGCCAGCUAUGGUUGUGACAGUUUGGGCAACUAUGAGAGCCACGUUUGCAGACACAGAGUGUUGGGACUUAAGUGCAGGCAAUUUGAAAUGGAUUUAUCAAGUGCCUAUCCUAGCGGCUAUAGUGGUUAACUUUAUGUUAUUUCUGAACAUCAUCAGAGUCUUGGCGACUAAACUGCGAGAAACAAAUGCCGGGAGGUGUGACACGAGACAGCAGUACAGAAAACUGUUGAAGUCCACGUUGGUGCUAAUGCCGCUCUUUGGGGUCCACUACAUCAUAUUCCAUGCCAUGCCCUAUACAGAGGUGUCUGGAGUUCCCUGGCUGAUACAGAUGCACUAUGAGAUGCUGUUCAACUCCUUCCAGGGAUUCUUGGUUGCAAUUAUAUACUGCUUUUGCAAUGGGGAGGUGCAAGCUGAGAUCAAAAAGUCCUGGAGCAGGAGAACUCUGGCCCUUGACUUCAAAAGAAAAGCUCGGAGCGGCAGCAACACUUACAGCUAUGGACCAAUGGUAUCACACACCAGUGUUACCAACGUUACAGCGAGGGGACCACUGGCCCUCCACCUAACCACGAGGCUGGGGCCGGUACCUGUAAACGGCCACAGGAACCUCCCCGGUUACGUGAAGAACGGCUCCGUCUCCGAGAACUCAAUGCCCUCAUCAGGACAGGAGCUUCACAUUCCUGAUGAGGAGCAUUCGGCUCAUACACGGCCCUGCGAGAACGAGAAACCCUCACCUGUGGUGGAGGAGGAGAGGGAGACAGUCAUGUGA